UGAAAGGCUGAAACCUUGUUGCUUUAUAUGACUGCGAGCUUCGGCAACAGUUACAUUUGAUGGCAAAUCCAAGCAUUCAUGAAAUUCCGAAUUAGUGAGAGAGAGGAGUUAUAAUUUAUAAAUGUAUAAUGAUUUCAUAGAAAUUCAAAUGAUUUCAUAGGGAACAUUUCAUAGGAAAUGUGAUGGUUAUGCAUUGCUUGCACCGAGGAGAUCAACGCUUUUGCGUCGCCAAAAAAUCGUCCCAGCGCAUUUAUUUUCUGUGGUCUUUCUUGUGAGGUGGUGAUCUGCAGCUGCACGGACAAGACAGCAGCGAUGCGUUCAGAGACAGGCUUUGGCUGUAACUACACGAAAGGGUAACUAAGAAUAACUGCAACGGAUAUAUUCAGUGUUAAUAGAAUCUGCCUCGAACGCAUAGGAAUGCACUGAAAUGCAUUCUCCAUUUAUUUGGAUUCUCUUUCGCAGCUCCGCGUAUGGAGAUGAUCUAUUUUUGUGAUGGCGAGGCGUCUGUUUCCACGUGCCUGGAUAAAUAAAUCGUUCUAUUUCCAGGCUCGUAUCUCCUUUGUGCGGGUGAAAUACCUGUUCCUCACCUGGCUGACGGUGUUCGUGGGAGGCUGGGUGAUCUACGUCCAGUAUUCCAACUACACCGAGCUGUGCCGAGGACAUGAGUGCAAGAACUCCAUAUGUGACAAAUACAGGAGGGGCAUCAUUGACGGCUCGGCCUGCAGCAGUCUGUGUGACAAAGACACCCUCUACCUGGGAAGAUGUCUCUCUACCAGCCCCAACCACCAGGUUUACACAGGUGGUUGGGGUGACGUGGACGGGGUGGUCCGCUGCCGGGUGGGGGAGGUGCUGCACUAUGAGCUAGGAGAAGAGCCGGAGCCCCGGAGGGAGGCUGCAGUCUUCGACAAACCCACCCGCGGCACGUCUGUGAAGAAGUUCAGAGAGAUGGUCUUCAAUCACUUCAAGUCAAAGUUGGGUGAGCAGGCCAACCUGGCCAGCCUGGUGACCAAGAUCCUCACCGUCGCCGACGGCAACAAGGACGGGCACGUCUCCCUCCCCGAGGCCCGUUCAGCCUGGGCUCUUCUCCAGUUGGAUGAGGUGCUGCUGGGCCUGCUCCUCCAGGACCGUGGCCACACCCCACGGCUGCUGGGCUUCUGUGGGGACCUGUAUGUGACCGAGAGGGUCCCCUACGGCCCCCUGUACGGUCUCGGCCUCCCCUGGCCACUUGAGGCCUGGGUCCCCAGUGAGGCCCGACGCAGCAUGGACCAGUGGUUCACACCCUCUUGGCCCCGGAAAGCCAAAAUCUCCAUGGGUCUCCUGGAGCUGGUGGAGGACAUUUUCCACGGCAACUAUGGCAGCUUCCUCAUGUGCGACCUGAACGCCAACCAUUUCGGCUACACGGACCGCCACGACCUCCGCCUCACUGACCCCAGGGCCAUCGUCUCUGAGGACGCGUUCCGGCGAACCAUGCGUGCGCUGCACUGCGAGAAGGAUGACGACUGUGUGCUGGGGCCGGACUGCCGGACAUCGUGUGACAUGGCUCAGAAACGAUGCAGGGAGGAGGUGACCCAGCCCAACCUGGCCAAGGCAUGCGGGGCGCUGAGGGACUACCUUCUGAGAGGGGCGCCGUCAGAGCUGAGGGAGGAGUUAGAGAGGCAGCUGUACGCCUGCAUGGCCCUCAGAGGCUCGGCGGGACAGAUGGACAUGGAGCACUCCCUGAUUCUGAACAACCUCAAGGCCCUACUGUGGAGACAGAUAUCCCACACUAAAGACUCAUGAGGGGACAACACAACCGAGUCCUCAAAUACUUAAAAGGCAAGAUUCACCCAUUUUGAACGUCAUUGUGUUUGUGCAUCUGAGUGAUGUUCUAUCGAUUCCAGGGGUCAUUUCAUGUGGUCAUGUGUCUGAGCUAUCGCUGUUCAAGCAGGCAAGAAAUACUAUAAAAUUCAAAAUGGGUGGAUCUUUCAUUGAAGACAUACAUUGUUUUAUGUUUUCCUGACUCAUUGGAAGAAUAAUAAUUAUAAUUCCUGUUCAGGAUGCUGGAAAAUAACUGUAGAGCUGCUGUUUACGACGGGGCUCAUGUAGUCUUGUUUUCCCCUCUUGGAAAAAACAGAUGUAACAUUUGUGGUAAGUUAUGAACUACACAUUGGAAGUACACUUGCACAUUUCGGUUUCUUCAAUGUGACCAAGGAAUCUAUCCGAAGAAACAGUAGACUUGCACAUUUCGAUUUCUAUCCGAAGAAACAGUAUUAUAGAGGUCUAAGGUAUUGUUCCAAAUAUCUCCUUUCCAGUGUGCACUUGUUCCCUUCUGAUUUGAAAGGAAAUGACUGGUAUAACAAAAUAUGGUGGAAACUCCCUGUAGGCCAUAGCUCAACCAAUCCAAUGCUUUUAGAUUUAUGGGAACUCCCUGUAGGCCAUAGCUCAACCAAUCCAAUGCUUUUAGAUUUAUGGGAACUCCCUGUAGGCCAUAGCUCAACCAAUCCAAUGCUUUUAGAUUUAUGGGAAAUCCCUGUAGGCCAUAGCUCAACCAAUCCAAUGCUUUUACAUUUAUGGGAAAUAGCGGACAGUGUACACCUCAGGAGACAAUGGAAUGUACCCAGGUGUCAUCCACGUCGCUGGACAUUUCCACCCUCACUUGUUUAAUGGCAUUGCUGAAUCGGCCUAUGAGGAGCCAUUAUUCUUGGUUUGUGUACCAUGUACAUUUUCCAUUAACCGUGUAGCGUAUCAUGAGUACUGGUGUCAUAUACAAGAGAACUAUAAAACUUGGAAUUAGUCAACCACGUAUGAAGGAGGUACUGUACAUGAACUGCUCGCUUUAUUCAACUUCCUUUUUCUACAUUCUUUCAAGCGCAACUUUUAAAUGAGAAGGUCACUAUCUUUUAAAAAGGAAGCCCUGUCCAGUUUCUAAAGGACUUGAAGCACACAGCUGAUUGAGGGAACGAUGUAUGUUUUCUUGAGGUUUGAACAGGCAUGAUUUUGCACAAUAAAACCAAAUACCACUCA